UUUACUUAGAGAACUUCUGGAUUUCCAUGGUGGCCUACGUGAUCUCAUUCAAACUUCAAUUUAUCUCACACUUUGCUUUACAUGGUCAUUCCUAGUUUGCUGCUGAAGAAGAAAGGUCCACCUAUCAAAAGCACUUGGGUUAUAGGUCAAGAUGUAAAUGUUUUCUAUCAGACCCAUGUCAAUCCUUGCUUCUAUCAACCUCAAGCUGAAGGAGAGGUCAAAAUUCUCAAGAAGGAUGAUAGAAUCGAGAUCCUUCCAGGUGAUGCCUUCUUGUUGUUACGUGACUCUUUCAAGUUCAAAGUAAUAGUUAGAGAAGACCAGAAAGAUGUCAACAAAAAAAUAAGAAGAAAUGAGAGUUUGAGUGACCAGUUUCAAUCUAGUACUCGGGAUCUCUCCAAGCAACUUGGUCAUUCCAAUGAACUAGAUUCUGAUAAUUCUCAGGAGCAAAAACAAAAGAAGAAGAAGAAAACAGAAAAAAAUGAUGAUGAGCCAAAUGGGCUCAAUAAACAUUCAACAAACAAACUGGGUCUCUGGUAUCAGCAAGAUAAGCCUUGUGAAAAACAACAGGUUUUUGAUAAUAAAACAGAUGUACAGGUCUCUAUGGAAAGCAAUUCAGGGCCACAACCACUUCCUGUAGAAGAGAAUACUCCACAGUUAUCUGCUGAAAAACAGUCAAUGUCAGUUUCUACUUCCAAUAUGAAAAAAGAUUCAGUUUUCUCAGAAAAGAAAAGCUCAUCAUUCUACCCUCAAAAUAAAACAUCUACAUUGGGUUGUUCCCCCAAGAAUAAAAUAGUUUCACCUCCUGAGGAGAAGCCUUCUUUUAAAAGGAAAAGAACUUUACCUUCUUGGUUGGUAAAAGCAGCAACCUCAUCUGGGACCCAGAAACCUGUUCCCGAAAGUGAUGGUUUUACUGUAAGUGAUGAAGACAGAGAAGGAAAGAAAUGUGUCAAGAAAAGGAGAGAUUCAGCUCAUGACUUGGAGUUUGAAAACAAAGGAAAAGAAGGUAGCAGAGAAUAUGAUUCAAGGAGUGAUUCUGAUGGUAGCCAGGAACCUUACAAAAACAGUAUUUUAACGAUUAAAGGAAGACCAGAUUCAGAUGAAGAGGAGUCUACAGAUGAAAAACUUCGAAAAUCUUGCAGAUUUGGUGAAAAAUGCUACAGAAAAAAUCCAUCACAUUUUGAAGAAUUUAGCCAUCCAGGAGAUCGAGACUUUCUGGAAGCAGAAGAUGCAAGCAGCGACAAUGAAGAGAAAAAACCUGAGUGUCAGUAUGGAGUAGACUGUUACAGGAAGAAUUUGAAGCACAGACAGAAGUACAGUCACACUAUAAAAAUGAGGCCAAAACGAGAGGCUGCAAAAAAAGGAAAUCAAAAACGAAAAGCAGAAAAUGAGGACAGUGAUAGUUUCAUUGAUGACUCAGAUGUGUAUGAACCUUCAGAUUCUGAUUCAGACUGGAAUCCAGAAAAAGAAAGUGUUGAAGACAUUAGCAGACUAGUUAAAGAAGCUAAAGGUUUUAUGAAAAACAAACGCCUCUAGAAAGAAAGUAAUAUUUUUAACUACAUAUUUUUUAACCUUGUUAAACUAAAUUGUUAAAUAAAAU